AUGACCAAGACCAUUGUCAUCUUGGGCGUUGGCGUUGCUGCCGCGCCUCUUAUCCGCCAGACCAUGCGCAAUGUUGUCCUCAAGGAAAAGGACUACAACAUGAUUGUCGUCGCCCCAAACACUCACUUCCACUGGCCCAUUGCCAUGCCCCGAGUCGUUGUGCCUGGCCAAUUGGCCGACGACAAGGCCAUGAUUGACCUCCGACCCUUCUUCAAGGAAUACCCUGCCGACAAGUUUGAGUUUGUCCAGGGCGUCGCCAGUGCCAUGGAUCCUGCCAGCAACACUGUUGAUGUCUUGCUCAGCUCCGGUGCCAGCCGCACCAUCAACUACCACACUCUUGUUGUUGCUACCGGCACCUCAUCCAAGGACAACAUGCCCUGGAAGGCAAUGGGCGACACCGAGCACACCAAGAGCCGUCUGCGCGAGGUGCAGGAGCAGAUUAAGAAUGCAAAGAGCAUUGUCAUCGCCGGUGGUGGCCAGACUGGCUCCGAGACUGCGGGCGAGCUGGGCUUUGAGUACUCCAAGGAGGGCCGAAAGGAAGUCUACUUCAUCUACAACGACUCCCUGCCCCUCGCACCACCCGUCAUGGACAGCGUCCGCAAGCAGACCAAGACGGAGCUGGAGAAGCUCAAGGUCAAACUGGUCCCCAACACCAAGGUCACCGCGGUCGAGUACUCGGGCAACGACACCAUCUUGACGCUGACUAGCUCCGACGGCAAGACCAGGACCUUGACGACCCAGGCCUACCUCCCCACGACCGGAGGCACCCCCAACAGCUCGUUUGUCCCGGCGUCUCUCUUGGACAGCGAGGGAUACAUCAACCAGACAGCGUCUCUCCAGGCCAAGGGCUACGACAACAUCUUUGUCAUUGGCGAUAUUGGCAACCUGGAAGGCAGCAAGGCCGGCGUCGCAGAUGCGCAGACCGUCCACCUCAUCAAGGCUCUUCCCAUCUACCUCAAGGGCGGCGCCAUGCCCGUCUACACCCCCAGCACCAAGGUCAUGGUCGGCAUCACGCUGGGCAGAAGCCGCGGCACUGGCCAGAUGGGCUCGUUCAAGGUCUUUAGCUUCCUCAUCCACUACGCAAAGGGUCGAUUCCUGGGCACCGACUAUGCCCACCUGAUUGCUGCUGGCAAGAAGACUUUGAUGACGACGUACGAGAAGUAA